CGACCUGCUGCAGGUCGCCACGGACCAACCUCCAUCCCCACAUCCACCUCCACCUCCACCUCCACCUCUAGCGACCCCAGCACUCCCGGUCGUCCAGGACAUCGAAGACCAGUAUGCGGAUCCCUCGAGUACUAGCAGCCGGGCGCCUCGGGUCCUGGGGCGCGAGAAGCCCGCAUGGCAGAUUCGGCCGGGUGGUCGCGGUACACGACCAGCGCCGACACCAGGCUACGGGCGUGUCGCGUCUGCGAUUAGCGGAGCACCCGAAUUCCAGCGAAGGACGCGAGAAAGAGCGCGAACGGGAAGCGGCGCGCCACCAGAAACGAAUCAACGAAGGCGGCGAUGAGACGGACACGCGAUCGCCCGUCGAACGGUUCCGACGGGCCCCCAACAAGGCCUUCUCGGUCACGGAUCUAGUGUCGCCCGCGUGGUGCGAGCUGCAGUACUGGUACACGUUGACCAAGUUUGGGCGGAAGAAGCGCACCCCCGCGAUGAAAUUGGGGAGUACCAUCCACAAGACGCUGGAGGAUGAGAUCUACACGACUGUUUCGGUGGAGAUUACCACCAAGGAGGACGCCAUGGCGCUGCGCAUUUGGAAUAUCAUCCAGGGGUUGCGCAUGUUGAGGGAGUAUGGCAUUACGAGGGAGCUGGAGGUCUGGGGCUUGGUGGAUGGGGAGUUGGUUACCGGGAUCAUUGAUGAGCUGUCGUAUCAGUGUCCGGAUCGGAAGCUGGAGGCCACCGCCGCGACGCAUUAUGCUGAUAUCGAGGCGUCGAGGGCCAUGAUCCCCGAGUAUCAGAUGUCGUUGACGGAUUAUUUGCUGUCGUCGGGCGCGGGGAAAAGGCUGUCCGAUGUGUAUGAGCGGGAUAGUGAGCGGCAGGAUGCGAAGAGCAGCAGCGGCAGUAGCAACGGCAGUAGCAGCAGCCAGGAGUCGGAUGUCCCCAACUUGCCUCGGAUCUAUCUGACCGACGUGAAGACGCGAGGCAGCGGCAGCGCCCCAACGGUCAAGAGCGCCGGGUUCCGGCCGACUCUGCUCCAGCUCCAGCUAUACUACCACAUGCUCAAUCGCCUCACCACCAGCGACGACGUGACCAUCGAAGUCCUGGCCAACCGGUAUAACCUCGACGCGAGCCGCGCGUUCACGGACGCCUUCAUCGCGGAAGUCGGCGGGCUCAACGACCAAUUCUUCGACGCCAUGUCGUCCCAAGAAGUCGACUCGGACCCCAGCGUCCCCCUCUCCUCCUCCAGCCAAGACUCCACCAGCAUCCUCCUCACACACAACAACCUCGCUUCCCUCUGGAACCUCAUGAAAGACCACCUCCGUCUCACCUUCCUGCCUCCCCCGGAAUCCUCCCUCUGCGUCGCCCCCUCCAUCCCCUCCGAGUUCCAGCCCGGCAUGCUGGAAUCCUACCCCACCAUCCUCUCCCCGCUGCUCACAGCCCGGUAUCUCUCGUCGGCGCAGACCGAGGACCUCCAGCCCCGCGUCCUCGGCAGUCGCUCGUUCCUCUUCGACCCCACCUCCAUGACCUCGUAUCUGGCUGACCAGCUGGAGUGGUGGCGCGGGGAACGCGACCCCCGCGGCGUGGAGGUCAUGGAGGCGUGGAAGUGCCGGAUCUGCGAGUUCCGGGAUGAGUGCUCGUGGAGGCAGGAACGGGAGCUGUCGUAUGGGAGACGGCGGAGGGGGGUGGAGGCCGAGAUGGGUGUUACGGCGUGAGAUGGAUGUUAUGAGGUCCGCUAGAUAGGAUGUUAGAUUUCAUGGUUGAUAUAGCGUGGCAUAUAUACUAGGUAUGUGAUGUUGGCGGGUUGGCGGAUUGGCGGUUAGUUAGAUAGAUCGGUAGGUGUGUGUCUUUUUUUUCUUGGAUGGGAGGUUUGCUGUAUCUUAUUAUUCUAUAUUUUAUAACUAUUCUAUAUCUUAUAUAAGGAUAUCCUUGAGACAGACAA